AUGACGGCACUCCGCGACUACCUCGAACAGCAUCGAGGGGGCGAGCACACGGAGUGCCCAAGCAGCCGAUCCCGGGCGAGCGACGCCGCGCCAGCCACCGCGUCGUGGACCUCGCCGCCCCCAUCACCCGUGGUAGCAUCCACCAGCGGUGCGAGAGGAUUUUCAUCUCGCGUGGCGGUGCUCGAAUCGCCGACCGGCACCGGCAAGUCACAGAUACUGCUGAACAGCGUCCUCUCGUAUCUCUUCGAUCCUGUCGAAGACGCGAAGGAUGUGGACGGCACGGCGAGCGCGAGCGGCAGCGGCGUCGUUGCUGAGCCGCCUGCGGCGAUAGCAACCGCCUCUGCUCAUGCGCCGGGAAGGGGCGCUUUGGACCAUCCCCCGUCCUCACCGACUCUAGAAGACGUGCUCCGUCAGCGACAGCUAGAGGAAGAGAUGGCGCAGGUGCGUCGCGAGCGCCGCGCUCGCGUUCGCGCGCAGCGGCGGCAGAUUCGCCAUGCCCGCAAGCUCAUGCGCCUUCAGCAGCCGCUGAGUAGCAGCGGUGGCGAGGACGACUUUCUCCUCGCCCAAGACCCCCUCGCGUGGUAUGCGGAGCAGCCUCCAAUGAUGAAGGCGGGGCUCCGUGGUGAGGACCUUGUAGACCUGCGCAGCGCAAGCUCGCCCUCCUCAUCCUCGCCCUCUUCGUCCGCGUCGUCCUCGUCCGCGAGUGAUGACGAGGACGACGCGGAGGCCCAGCUGGAGACGGCACUCUCAGCACUGAUUCCUCUGCGCAAGCCGAAGGUCUACGUUGCCAGCCGCACCCACACGCAGCUGCAGCAACUGAUGGAGGAUCUGCAGCGCACCGCCUUUGCCCAGCUGCCGCUGCGACCACGGCAGCACAUAAUCGAGCCGCUGGAAAGCCCAGGUGGGCGAACUGCGGGAGAGGUGAUGGGGGUUAACGGCGCAGACGACCGUGUUCCCUCCUCAAAGUCCUUUGGCUCUCCUACCCAUGCGUGUCCUCCAGCGCCAGCAUCACCAUCAACGCCUUCACGACAGCCACAGCAGCAGCAGCCGCGCCGUCUCACCGCCGUACACGUGGCUGGCAGAUCGCACCUCUGCUUGAACGCAACCCUGCGUCGCAAGGCUGGUGGCCACAAUGACCGCCUGAACUACUACUGCCGUGAGGCAAUGUGCUUCGAGCGCUCCAAGCAGGGACGGCAGCACCGGCGCCAACAGCAAGAGUAUCCGCAACACCAGCCGCCUCACCUCACCGGCAGCUCUGCCGCACGCAACAUCGAAGAUGCCGCUGAGGUGCAGCAACAGCUAGAGGACGACAAGGGAUGCGUGUACUGUGUCGAGUCGCACCUUCGCUCCUUGAUGACGUACCUGCGUGACGAACAGCACCGUGCGGAUACGGCCACAGGCCCCCCCGGCGCCGCCAGCGGCGGUGCCAGUGCCUCCGGCAACGGUGCCCCACCCUCCUCCGUCUACACCAUGGACCGCCUUCGGCGACUGGGGGCGGAGCUGCAGGCGUGCCCGUACCUCGCCACGCGCCUCCUCCUCCGGGGGGCCGACGUGGCCUUUAUCCCGUACGGCUACAUCCUCGACGAGGGCCAGCGAGCGGUGCUUCUCGGCGGCGCAGCCACGAACCCAGCGACGGCAGCAGAGGCGGCGGCGGUCUAUGCGACGCCCAGUCGAUGCACCCCGGCGGCUGAGGGUGGCGGCGCCUUGCAAGACGACGUCGCACCGCACAGCCCCCCGUCCCUCGGCACCGUUCUCUAUCAUCGGCGCCAGCGUGUCACGGCCACGGCGGCCUUCAGGCGGCGACGGCGACGGCAGCAGCAGCAGCAGCAGCAGCGCGGUGGCCGUGUAAACGGGGGCGACGAGGAGGAGGAGGAUGCAAUAUGGGGCACGAUGGCGCGCAGCGCACCCCCUUCCCUUUGUGGGGACAUCCUCGUCUUCGACGAGGCGCACAACAUCGCCGAUCACUGCCGCUCGGCCAGCACCGUCACCGUCGCCCCAUGGCAUCUCCUGCUCGCUCAACGGCUUCUUGAGACGUACCUGGAGCGCUACGCGUCGCGACUGCUGACGCGCAACAAGCAGCGGCUUCGAGAGCUGGUCCGUUUUCUCAGCAAGCUGUCGAGCUUCUGCGAGCGCGCAGGCUCUGCUGCCACCCUCGGGGAGGGUAUGGGCGGAGAAGGCGACGUCGCACCGCUCGCGCGACCCCCCCAGCCAUCGACGACGACUCCGGCAACCGCCGCGCGCACGUGUGUCCUACCCUUCCAUACAUUUCUCUUCGAUGCCGGCGUCGACAGCGUCGACGUGUACACGUUCCUGACCUUCCUGGUCGACUCGCAGCUGUUGGUGAAGCUGCAGGGGUUCGUCUCCUACACACUGGAUGCGGAGCUGCAGCAGGAAAGGGAGUCGGCGGCCACAACGACGGGAGCGAUGACGAUUGUCAGCGGCUCAGACAGCAGAGCAGACUCGACGGCUGGCGUGAAGCGGCAGCGCGGCAGCGGCGUUGGUGUAGGCAUCAGCGAUGCGCGCAGUGAGGCACAGCGGCAGCGUCGCCUCUUGGCGUCUCUUGACCUUCCCAACAACCACAAGACAGCUGAAGAGGAAGUUGCACUCCCCCGCCUCUCGCUCGCCGAACACCUCUCACAGCAGCUGCAGCCGGCCGGUGCGGCGAUGACGGCGGCAGCGUGCGCCCCGCCUGACCCCGUGCAGCUACGCGCGUUGACGGCCGAGGCGCUGCAGUGCGUCGAGCGACUUCUCUGUGCGCUGUACGUCUCCGACACCACCUCGACGAGGGUGCUGUGGACGCCGUCAUCCUCGUCACCGACACGGUCCGCAGGUUGCGCCGCACGACAGGGGGCACUGAAGGUUAUACAGCUAGAGCCUGGUAUGUACACCUUCGCCCCACUGGUGCUGCAGGCGAGGGCCGUGGUGCUGGCCGGCGGCACAAUGCAUCCGCUCGCCCUCACAUGUGGACCGCUGCUGCCCGCGCAGGCAAUGGUCGGUGGUGACGCUGGGGGUGAUUGCGGUACCGCAAGCAAGAGUGAGCGAGCUGCCGUAGAGGUUGUUGUUGAAGGAAUGAGCGGCAGCGACGCGUCGUUGCAGGGCGGUGUUGCACGCGCGCCUGGUCUGUCUGCCUUUCACCUCAUCACCGAGGGCCACGUCGUACCAUCGUCGUCAGUGCAGGUAUGGGCCCUCGGUACCGGACCAAGCGGACUUCGGAUGGAGCUCAGCCAGCAGGCGCUCGGUCUGCGAAGCGAUGCCGCAAGCAUGUCCAACGACACCUGCUCUCCACGCAUCGGUGUCAGCAGCAGCAUCAGUCCACACGCCUAUCGUGUGCUAGCUGAGGUAGGAUGCACGCUGCUGAACCUCGCCCGAGUGCUUCCGUCCGCUGGCGCCAUCUGCUUCUUCACGUCGUACGACAUCAUGGACACCGUCGUGGCCGUGCUGGAGAGCACUGGCUACUACGCUCAGAUCAACGACGUGAAGCGAAUCUUCAAGGAGACGCGCAACGGCGGCGGCGGUGGCAGCGGUGGAGGAGGGCGGGUCACCGCUAGCCGAGCAGACGGAGGUGGCGGUGAGGCCAGCGCAGAGCUUCUGCGUGAGUACCAGGAGUGGAUCAGCGGUGAACUUGACAGCCACGGCGCUGCUGAGCGUGCGCCGGGACCGUCGUCGGCUACCGCAUCCCAGCAGCGGCAGAAGCCGUCUCGCCGCGGCGCCUUCCUGUUCGCCGUCAUGGGCGGUCGCCUGUCGGAGGGGGUCAACUUCGCCGAUGACCUCGGCCGCGCCGUCGUCGUACUUGGAAUGCCGUAUGCGAACCCCACCGACGUGGAGCUCCAGAUGAACCUAAAGCACAUCGUCACGACACGGCUAAUGGCGAGCGCCGACGCUGAUCGCCGCGGCAUGCGUGGUGCGGCAGGGUCAACAUCCACCUCCUCGCCCGCAUCCUCGUCUCCGUUCACAUGCGCAGAGGAGUGGGGUCUGUACAUGGACGCCAUGAUGCGCACCGUCAACCAGUGCAUCGGCCGCUGCAUCCGCCACGCCGGGGACUACGCGACGAUCAUCCUGCUCGACGCACGGUACAUGGAGCGGCACGACGUUCGACGCCGCGUCUCUGCGUGGCUGCAACCGUCCAUGCGCGUAGCGCAGACGUUCGGCCAAUGCUUCAGCGGUGUCCGCGAGUUCUUCGCGGAGCGGCAGCCGAAGGGCUGA